ACUGGAAUUGCAGUUACGUCACCGGUCGUCUCAUUCUUCUGCCGUAAGGCGAGCCCGCUGCCUGCCUGGUGAAGUGGUGGAAGACCGGAGUUGAGUGUUCCGCAAUGCCGCCCAAGAAAGCGCCGGCGCCGCAGGGCCCCAGUAAGAAGACCGAUCAGAAGAAAAAGGAGAAGAUCAUCGAGGACAAAACAUUUGGCCUUAAGAACAAAAAGGGGGCCAAGCAGCAAAAGUUCAUCAAAAAUGUUACUCAUCAAGUUAAAUUUGGACAACAGAAUCCUCGACUGGCUACACAAGUUGAUGGUGAAAAGAAAACUACAAAAGAUGCCAAAAAGAAGGAACUUUUAGAACUGAAUGAUCUUUUUAAACCGGUAGUAGCUGCACAAAAGGUCAGCAAAGGUGCUGAUCCAAAAUCUGUUGUGUGUGCAUUUUACAAGCAAGGUCAAUGCACCAAAGGCGAUAAGUGCAAAUUUUCUCAUGAUCUAUCUUUAGAAAGGAAAUGUGAAAAAAGAAGUGUUUACGUUGAUGGACGUGAUGACGAACUUGAAAAGGAUACAAUGGAAAACUGGGAUGAGAAAAAAUUGGAAGAAGUGGUGAACCAGAAACACGGUGAAUCUGAAAAGAAGAAACCCAAAACUGAAAUUGUCUGCAGGUUUUUUCUUGACGCAAUAGAAAACAACAAAUACGGGUGGUUCUGGGUGUGUCCUGGUGGAGGAGAUACCUGUAUUUAUCGCCACGCUCUUCCCCCUGGGUUUGUGCUAAGGAAGGAUAAAAAGAAGGAAGAAAAAGAAGAAGAAAUUUCAUUAGAGGAUUUAAUAGAAAAAGAGCGUGCAGCCCUUGGACCAAAUGUCACUAGAAUCACUUUAGAAUCUUUUCUUGCAUGGAAAAAAAGAAAACGACAAGAACGAAUCACAAAAGCGGAGGAAGAAAUGGAGAGGAAAAAGGCAGAUUUUAAAGCUGGAAAAUCUUCGGGGAUCAGUGGCCGUGAAGUAUUCGAGUUUCGACCUGAGCUUGUCGACGACGAUGAUGAGGAAGCAGACGACACAAGGUACACACUAGAAAGAGAUGACGACGAUGAUUAUGAUUCUGAUUCUACAGAUGAUGUUCAAGACAUUGAUCUGAACCAGUUUGUCCUUAAAGAUGUUGAUGAAACUGGUAUUACAGUUGCAAGUCUGGAACGCUUCAGCGGUUUUAUUACAUCAACAGAAAAGGAUGAUGUAAAAUUAAAUGAAGCAUCAGGUGGGGAAAUUGAAAAUGGAGAGAGAAGUGACGAUGAAGAGCAAUAUGAUGAAAAUGAUCAGGAAAAUGACUUUGCCGAUGCAGUCCCCGUUGAUGAAAAUCUUUUUACUGGAGAGGAUCUUGAUGAGCUUGAGGAAGAACUGAACAUACUUGAUUUAGAAGAAUAAAACCUUUACUUGGCAUCAACAAUGAUAGACUAUCCAGGCUGUCUAUUCAUUCUAGGAUUUUGUACUGGGAUGUAGCGGAUCUCUCCAGCUGCUUCUAAUGGGCAUGCCCCAUAAUUAUUUUUCUUUUUUUCCUUGUCUGAUUUUGAGAGCUUGCAACAUAAUUGGAUUACCUAGCAAGAUAAAUCAUAUUGUUCUAUCAUACAUUCUACAAUAAGAACCGGUUCAACCAAAGCUAGCACGUCAUUGCUUUGUUUUAAUGUUAAAAUUGCAAUACAAAAUUGUUCAGUUUUUCAGAAUUGACCAUUAACAUCAUUGCAGUUUUUACCCUUUUUUUGAUUGCAGUUGGAACCCACAAGAGUUAUUUGAAGAAAAACAAUUGGCACACUUUUCUGUUAAAUUUAUCUGCAGUUUUGUUAAAUGCAGGAUUAUAUCCUAAAACUAUUUUAAAUGUCUCUUGAAUAAUUUUGGCAUCAUAUUGUAAAUAAAAUUCUCCUGUCUUCAUCA